AUGGCGCUCGCUGUGCUUUCUUUCCUUGUUCUUGCCUUAAAUGUGGGCUUCACGCUCGCGGCAACUUCCACCAAGCAGUUCAAGCAUUGGUAUCCGCAAUACAAACACAUUUGGAGCAACAUCACCAAGACCUACUGUGCCGAAGAGUACAACAAAUAUAUAACCGGCUUCAAAAAUCAUUCCGAGAUCGAUUGGAUGGCCGGCGGCGGUAUCUACACCGCCCUGACGCAGCCAGUGAUCGAAUGUAUCCUCGAGAACACGUCCGAAUUCCUCAAGGGCAGCACGACGGGCGCCCAGAUCCUCCUCGGCGUUAUGCCCACCAUCGUCGCCCUCCUCGGCCCGUCCCACGACGAAAUAGCUAUGUUGUCGAAUGUCGGCAGGAGGCCGUUGUUGGCCGCCGGGCUAGCUUUGGCAUCGCCCUCUGCAUAUUUUAGCAGGGCGUUCGAGUACUCGGAUCCCACCAAGAUCCUCAACCACGACGAAAACAGGCUUCCGCAAUGGCGGCCAUCAAGCCCAUGGGCAAAGACCCUAGUCUCGGCGCUGGAAUACAUGCUCACUGCUGCGGCCUGUUGUAACGUUGUCAUCAACACCGUGCAAGUGAGCAGUUGGACCGUCAGCUCCUUUGCGUCAGACUUUGACUUUUUGCCAAAUCUAUGGUUGGCGCUCGGCCUCGGCAUUCACAUUUUCAGCGGUCUUGUCCUCCGCCUAAGGCUUCAGGGUUGGAGGUUCAAGGAACCGCCGAAGUCUGGUGAAGGCUCGAGCGAUGAUCAAAGGGUUGGUAAAGAAACAAACCUGGGCUUUUUAACAUCGUGUUCGAUGCCUUCCAGGGAGGACGUCGACAAGAGCAACGAAAAGCACAAGGAUAAAAAGAAGAAAAAAAGAACGCACAACCUGAGAGACUCUAUCUGCCGACUCGCCACUUCUUUCGGCGAGUGGAUAGCUUAUACCUGGCCGAGAAUUGUGGCUAUCCUUGCCAGAACGGAAUUCGUCCCUUGCGCUUCUGCAAGUUACGAGGUGCACAUCCAAACGUUCAUAGAGACCAAGACCUUUCUCUUUCUGGCGUGGUCGCUAUCCACCCUCACGGUCCUCCACGUGGUCUUCGGCACUCUUGUAUUUGCCGGAAUGCUUUUUGUUGGUAUCAAGGAUGCUCUCUCGAUCGUUGGGAGGUACAUCGCGGCCGUGAUGGUUACUCGAGUUAUUCUUAUCCUGGCCGCCUGGGUUAGUAUCCAGCCCCUCGAUGUUUGCCGACAUGACGCAUUCUGGCCUGAGAAAGACAUCAACGCCAUGGUCAAAGUGAUGGAGGAGCAGGUCACAGAAGAUGGCCUGUUGAAAAGGUCAGAGAUCGGUCACUGGCGAGCUCGUUUCGCGGAAUUCACCUCUGCGAUUCCUGACCGGGACGCCAUGUCGUCAACCUAUGAGAAAUUGCUGCGCGCUUCUGAAGACUGCGACUUGAACCCCAGUGCCUGCAAGAAGUAG